UUAAAAUUGCUGAAAAUGAGAAAUGCUGAUCUAGGCAUGCAGGACAGAAGUUGUGAGCAGCCUGUCCCUCUCUCUGUAAUUAUGAAAGAGCCUCAUCGUUUUGAAAAAAGCCCUUAUGUUGGAAACUAUGAAAACAAUUCUGAGGAUUCAUUACGUUAUGAACUCUUUUAUGAUUCCCUAUCAGAUAUACAAGAUGCGGACUUUUCAAAUGAAUUAUCUGCCUUUCUUAGUCAAGAUGAGAUAAACAAAAGCCUUGAACUUGCUCAUCAAUCCAUUAAUUCUGUUGAAGAAAAGCAAGAGUACCCAUACUUGAACACUUCUUCACACUCACCAGAAAAUGCUUCUUCUGGGCAAGCCAAAGCACAUGACAGUUAUCCUUCCAAGAGAAAUUGCGCAACCAGCUCCACCUCCUUGUGGCUUUCAUCUCAAACUCCCACAGACCAGCAGGGUCAGAAUGCAUAUCCUCAUGGAAAAAGUGAUAUUUUAAAUGUUACUGGUAAACAAGCAAGUGCUUUUCCCCUGCUGCCUGCAAGACCCAGCUUUAUCCGAAGUCUCAAAAAUGCUAAAAGGCAUAGUUUAAAUACCCCAAAGGGGAACCCUAAAUCUAAAUCAAUUUUGGCAAGUAAUUUACCCUUGAAGAAUAAGCUAUGUGAUAAAGCUUCCACUUUGAUUGAAGAACUGUCUUCUAUUUUUCAUGAAGCAGCCAAGAUGAGAGUUGAGAGUCCAAAUGGAAAUUCUUCAUUUCCUGAUAGUGGAUAUCUUUCUCCUAAGAGCAAGCAAUUAGCUUUGUCAAAUUCUUUAAGGAAUUCAGUACUUGAAACAAGUUUAGAAAUCACACUAAAAAAUGAGAUCCCAGAAGUCACUCAGGUUAAAGAAUGUGUGCUCCAAAGAAAAGAAGGGUCUCAGAUGGGUGAGACUGUCUCUCAAAAUGAAGUUGCAAGAGAAAGUCAGAAUCAGUUAUCUCCCCCUCGAUUUAUCCAUAAACUGAGGAGUCAAGAAAUUGUUGAGGGAAGCAAGGUUCUACUUCAGUGCAGGGUUGCUGGAAAUCCAGUACCUCAGAUCAGGUGGUUCUGUGAAGGUAAAGAACUACAAAAUUCUCCUGAUAUUCAAAUCUGUUCUGAAAGUGGAGGAUUCCAGACACUCAUUAUAGCAGAAGCUUUUGAAGACGACACAGGGCGCUACUGUUGCCUGGCCUCCAAUUCCCUUGGCUCUAGUUCUUCUUCAGCAGAAUUAUUUGUUGAAGGUGCCAGUUCCUCUGAUUCUGAUAGUGAACAUUUCAAAACAAAAUCUGGAGCCAUGCCCCAGGCUCAGAAAAAAAGCACUUCUGUUUCCUUAACAAUUGGAUUGUCAGCUCCAAAGUCUGGAAUUACUACAGCAGUAAUCCAGCCUAUCUCUGUGCCUAAUCAGCAGAUUCAAAGUCCUACUUCACAUCUCUGCAAAUUAGAUGGAUCAAAACAUAUUCAUGCUACACCUAUUUUUACAAAGGAGCUUCAAAAUUCAACAGCAAAUGAAGGACAAGUAGUUGUACUUGAGUGUAGAGUAGGAGGAGCACCUCCCUUGCAUGUUCUCUGGUUUCGUCAAGGGGUUGAAAUUCAUGAUUCCCCAGACUUCCGAAUUCUUCAAAAAAAACCACGUUCUACAGCAGAACCUGAGGAGAUAUGUACUUUGGUGAUUGCAGAAACUUUUCCUGAAGAUGCAGGGAUCUUUGCAUGCACAGCAAGCAAUGAUUAUGGAUCAGUCACAAGCACUGCCAAACUGACUGUGCUGUCAGCCAAUUGCAAAAGCUUCAACCAUGAUUUGUCAAUGAGAAUACAGAAUGAGGAUAACUUUCAACAUUUCCCACCUCCAUCUUCACAUCUUGAGAUUAAUUCUGUGCAGCUUCCUCCAAAGUAUUCAGAGCACUCCAAGAUCAGUCAUCCCAGUUCAAGUGUAGCAUCUUCUGAAUUACAGCUUACCUCAGUGGAGAAGAAAACCAAUGGAAUUCAUCCUACCCAUGGAAUCAAUGGGAUAAUUAAUGGCAACACCAAAACUGACAAAUCCCACCCUGGUGGUCUGCUUUCACCUACAAAAACACCACCACCUGUGCUUGCUAAGCCAAAGCUGGAUCCUUUAAGAAUUCAGCAGCUACAGAACCAAAUCCGGCUGGAAAAAGAAGCAGACCAGUGGUGUCAUCAGAAGCAAGCUGGUUUCCUCCAGAAUCUUCCCUUGUCCCCAACUUUUCUCCCUCUAUCUUCAUUCCAAGAACUUGAGUCCAGCCAUUCUCCUUCUCCUGUGCAAAUGAGUAUUUUGAAUUCUCAUUCUGCUCCUGCCAUGCAGACAUCCAGUUCUUUCAACUAUGCCCGUCCUAAACAAUUUAUUGCUGCACAAAAUAUUAGCCCUGCUUCAAGCUAUGUAACACCAUCACCUGGCUCUUCCACAUCUAGUCUCCCAUCCCCAAUGUCUCCAACUGCUUCUGAGAAGCAGUUUGGUAAAACAUCUGUCCCCUCUUUCUCUCAGACUUUUGCUCCUGAGGAAGAGUAUCCGUGGUCUCCUUCCCCACCUCCUCCCCCUCCCCCUCCCCCUGUUUUUAGUCCUACAUCUACUUUUUUAGUGGCAGAUUCCUUUCCACUGCCACCACCUCCACCUCCUCUCCCAGCUUCUGUCCCCUCGCCUUCUCACAGUUUUUCUCCAACACCCAGAUUAUCCAGCUCUAGUCAGUCUCCAGCAGCCUUCCUCAGCUCCAUGCUACCAUCUCAGCCACCUCCAAUUUCGGUUAAUGCACUAGGACUUCCCAAAAGUGUUACACCACCGGGAUUUCCAAAAAAGUCAGGCAGAACUGCCAGGAUUGCAUCUGAUGAAGAAAUUCAGGGCACAAAAGAUGCUGUUAUCCAGGACCUGGAAAGAAAACUUCGCUUCAAGGAAGAUCUCUUGAACAACGGCCAACCAAAGUUAACGUAUGAGGAAAAGAUGGCUCGUCGAUUGUUGGGGGCUGACAAUGCUGCAACAGUCUUCAGUAUUCAAGAACCAGAAGAGGAACUUGCAGAACAGGGAACUGAUUCUGUUGAUGCUUCUAUAGUGACUCAUGAGGCUGUGCAAAAGGAAUACAAAGUCUCCAGUUUUGAGCAGAGACUGAUCAGUGAAAUUGAAUUUAGAUUGGAGAGAACUCCAGUAGAAGAGUCUGAUGAUGAAGUGGAGCAUGGGAAAGAUAUUCUUGAUGGCAGCCUGGCCCCAUAUUUUGUGACAAAACUCAAACACUACAAAAUAUUUGAAGGAAUGCCAGUCACUUUUAUAUGCAAAGUGUCUGGAAAUCCAAACCCAAAGAUCUAUUGGUUCAAAGAUGGAAAGCAAAUCUCUAAAAGGAAUGAGCACUACCGGAUGCAAAGAGAACCUGAUGGGACCUGCUCUCUCCAUACCACUGCCUCUACCCUCGAUGAUGAUGGGAAUUAUACUAUAAUGGCUGCCAAUCCACAGGGGAGAAUAAGCUGUACAGGACGAUUGAUGGUCCAAGCGGUCAAUCAGAGAGGACGCUGCCCCCGGACACCUCCUAGCCAGCCUCAUGUCAGAAGACCACGGUCUCGAUCAAGGGAUAGCGGAGAUGAAAAUGAACCAAUCCAGGAACGCUUCUUCCGACCACAUUUCCUGCAGGCUCCAGGAGAUUUGAUAGUUCAAGAAGGAAAACUUUGUAGAAUGGAUUGCAAGGUCAGUGGCUUGCCAACUCCCGACAUCAACUGGCAACUUAAUGGAAGAGUAAUACGUUCUGAUAAUUCCCACAAAAUGCUUGUACGGGAAAAUGGUAUACACUCCUUAAUCAUAGAGCCAGUCACAGCAAGGGAUGCUGGCAUUUAUACAUGUAUUGCCACUAAUCGAGCUGGCCAGAACACCUUCAGCCUGGAACUGAUUGUGGCAGCUAAGGAAGCACACAAGCCACCUGUAUUUAUAGAAAAACUGCAGAAUACAGGAGUGGCUGAGAGGUUUCCUGUGCGACUGGAAUGCCGGGUUUCAGGUAUGCCUCCACCUCAGAUUUUCUGGAAGAAGGAAAAUGAGUCACUCAUAUACAACACUGACAGAGUGAGAGAAGGUGCGAAGAAUUGCCUAGCCAUCGCAGCUACAGCCAGAGCCAGCCUGAUGUUAUCUCCCCUUUCCCACGAUGGACAACACCUGGAGAUUGGCCAGUUUGAACCGUCUGGAUGAACUGUGGGGUGGGGUUUGCUUGGGGACAUUUCAAAUUAUUGAUCUGAGAGGGAAAACCUCAGAUCCUGUCUAGUAUGCCUACUAUCAGCUUCUCCUAAUAAAUGUUCCUUCUGGAAGAGCUUGCUUCCAUGAGUUCUGCUUUCUUGGGAUGAGGUAUUGAAAUGGGUCCUGACAUUAGAUAGGAUCUGCAAUAGUAGUCAACCAAAAGGACGAAACUUGCCGGGGGACUUUGCAAAGUCUACCAUGUUGGACACUGGUGCAGAGAAAGGGGAAGGCACCGUGAAAGGGGGGGCCCUCCGGUCGGAACCCUGCCAGCUGUCCACCUCUGAAACAUCCUACACCUUGGAAAAAGAGGUGGUGGAGACGCAUAGCCAUAAGCCUCACUGAUCCAUGGGUGUAGGCAAGAAGGACGAGUGGGAGAAAAAGUUGAGAAAGGUGAUGCUGAGGUGAGGCAGCCACCAACCAGGAUGGAAGCAAGAGAUGGAGAGGUCCCUGUGUCUCAGCGAAGAUGAGGACAAUUGCGGGGAGCAGUCAAACUGGAUCCUGGAGAAGGCGAUUGACCUGAUGAAAUCCACCCUCCCUCAAAGAUAAAAAGCCCGAACCCUGCAGUCGCACUGUUACCUUGGGCGGCAGUGAAAGAGACACCGAGGGGGAGUCUGAAGCCGAGGCCCCAGGAAUGUCAGGUGAAGCAGCCGAGACCACAGCCGUUGUGGCGGCAGCCCCCACUCCCCUCCGCACAGUAGCUGCUGAUCGAGAUGGACGACACCACAGAUGGCAACAGGCGAUCCAUCCAGAAGUUCCCACUGCUGGACGUGAAGUUCUGAGGAGAGUCACAGCGCCUGGGGUUCUUCUUAACCCAAAUCCUCAACUACAUGGAAGAAUAUGGCCAAGACAUUCCCACCAACAAAGCUUGGAUCCGCAUUGUACAGGCGGCCCUGGAUGGCGUGGCAGCUGACUAGGUGGUAGACCUGCAUGACUUCGACGCCCCAGAGCUCCAGAAUUUCAACCAAUUCAUGUUCUCCCUUAUACGACGAUUUGAGGACCCGUUGGCAGACCGGAAGGCCCGCGAGAUUAAAACGGUGAAGCAGGGCAGACGGCCAGUGGCCAAGUACACCCAGGAAUUCUGAGCCAUUGCUAGAAAGCUGAAUUGGCCAGAAGACAUCCUGCUUAGCCACUUCAAGGAUGGGCUGAAUUACGACCUCUAUGCUGCCUGCCUUCCCCAGGGAGACCCACACCGAUUGCACAAUUGGUACAUCCUGGCAGAGGAAGCCAAGAUUGACCUGCUAAAGAGACAUCGCAGAGGGAAGCCGUGGAACCAACCACCCCCAAGCUGUCACAUGAGCCAGCAAGGUCUCAACCCACAGCCAAGAAGACCACCGGCUGUUUCAAGUGCGGGAAAGAGGGACAUCGCGCUGCAGAAUGCCGCUUGAGGAAACCCCAGGAGAAGGCCGACUGGACAUCAGCCAGGAAGUCGGGAAGGUCACCUGCCAAGCUGCGAGAAUCAGCCAUGAGGGGCACCGAGGCCAUCGAUUUCCCCCCUCCACCCAAUGGGGGAAGGGAACCCCGGUCUAUGCCGCGGGAGCAUCCAACUCGUCAGACGACAACUCCGAGGAUGAACCCCUGGUAAGUGGACCCAUCACGCCCCUCAUCCGGACAGUGUCUAUCCUAGCCCCCUCCAUGCCCAAAGCUGCAAAGGUUAAAGCCCUACUAGACUGGCUGCACGCGUUGUCUUAUUAGCCCAACGCUAGUGGGGACCCUGUGCAUUACGGUGAGGAGGCUGAAGAAACCAAUAUUCUUCAGUCAGUUGAUGGGUCCAUAGCAGGGGGAAUGCCAGCCACUCUAGCCACACUACCGAUCCAUCUUAACCUGGGGGACCACAAGGAGACUAUAACGUUCGUGGUGACCCCAGGCAAGGAGUGCCCAAUAAUACUGGGGUUGGCAUGGCUGAAGAAAUGGAACUCCCAAGUGGACUGGAAGAUGGCGGAACUCAGGUUCCCAAAAGAGGAUCAAAUGGGAUCGCUACCCCAGGGAGUUUCUGAGAGUCCCCCUCCAGAAAAAGCAGCAAUGGGGGAGGAAAAAGCAUUGCCCGAAAUACCCGAGCAGCGAGGAGCGGGCAGACGAGCUAUCCCCCCACAGACCCACAGACUGUGUGAUAGAAAUCAAGCCAGGAGCGAAGCUCCCAAAGCCUAGAUUGUACUCCAUGAGCCCCGAGGAGCUACGAGAAAUGAAAAAAAUUGUAGAUAAGAAUCUGAAGAGGGGGUUCAUUGAGCCAGCUUCCUCAAAAUAGGUAGCGGCCCCAGUCCUGUUCAAGGAAAAGAAAGAUGGUACAUUGUGCAUGUGCGUGGAUUAUUGCGCCUUUAACUCCAUAAGCGAAAGCAACCUGUACCCUCCCCCCCAUGAAAGACAUGCUGUCCCACCUAUUGAAGGGUAAAAUCUUCACAAAACUGGACUUAAGGGAAGCCUACUAUCGCGUUAGAAUUGAGGACGAGUGGAAGACCGUGUUCAACUGCCUUAUGGGAUGCUACCAAUUUAAGGUCUUGCCGUUUGGGUUGCAGGGAGCCCCCACAGUCUUCAUACAGCUGAUUAAUGAGGUACCGAGGGAGCACCUAUACAAAGGGGUCCUCAUCUACUUGGACGACAUACUUCUAUUUACGGAGACUAAAGAGGAGCACAUAAAAUUAGUCAGAGCAGUUUUGAAAAAAACUGAGGGCAGCCAACCUCUAUGCAAAACUAUCAAAGUGCAAGUUUCACAUACAGAGAAUUGACUAUCUGGCUACCGCAUAUCAACUGAAGGCAUAGAAAUGAACCCCGAAAAGGUCCAGGCAAUGCUAGAGUAGAUGCCACCCCGCACGAGAAAGCAACUACAAAGCUUCCUGGGGUUCACUAACUUCUACCAUAAGUUCAUCCCUUCUUUCACCCAGAUAGCCCUACCUAUCACAAACUUAUUAAAGACAAAAGGAGACACGGUAAAACCUAGUCAGCCACUAACCUGGACGAUGGAAUGUCAAGCCACAUUUGAAAGACUAAAAAGACUUUUUUCAGCUGAACCGGUCCUAAAACACCCUGACCCAGAUAAGCUGUUUGUAAUUCAAGCCGAUGCAAAUGACAUAGCAGUAGGAGCAGUAUUGCUACAGGAAAACGACAAAGGACAAUUGCAACCCUAUGCCUACACGUGCAGAAAACUCUCUGAGAUGGAGCAACAUUGGGCAAUGUGGGAAAAAGAGGUGUACGCUGUGAGGUGGGCACUUCUCACCUGGCGGCACUUCCUAGAAGGGAAUAAAAUCCUGUUCCAGGUCUGGACAGACUAUAAGAACUUGGAAGCCCUAAAAAUGCCUAGAAAACUCACCCCCAAACAAGCCCAGUGGUCACAGCACUUCCACCGGUUUACAUUCAAGAUCAAACACCUACCAGGGGGGAGGAAUUUCCUGGCAGACGUCCUAUCCCACAUACCCCAGUACAAUAGCUCCCGGCCAACCAUCUCCAAACCACUCAUGCCGGGAGCGCAGCUGGCAGCACAAGUAACCACAAGAGCUCAAGCGAAGCUAAAAUAGCUGAUAGCCAGCUAAGCAGGGAUUGAAUUCAGGAAGGCUCUAGAAACUGACAAAUAGUUCCAGAGCCACAAAAACUUAUGCACUAUCACUGACGGCUUGCAAUGGGUGGGGGAGAAGCUGUACGUCCCAAAAACCCAGGGGAUUAUAUUUAUGAAACUCUGCCAUGACACAAAACCAGCAAGUCACUUUGGAUGCGUGAAAACGCUGCAUCUAGUUAAAAAAACAGUUCUGGUGGCCAUCUAUGAAAAAGGACAUUGAGAGCUAUGUAGCCAGCUGCCCAUCUUGCGCAGCUGCUAAGGGACUGCUACAGCCAGUGGCAAGCCCCCUGGAAGGAAAUCUCCAUGGACUUCAUGGUAGAACUAUCUGAAAGUAGCGGAAACAUUGCGAUCUGGGUGGUCACGGACUUAUUCUCAAAACAAGUACACUUCAUCCCUUGUCCAAAAAUCCAACCACUAAAGCCUUAGUAAAGCUGUUUGUCCAGCACAUAUAUAGACUACAUGGGGCACCCGAACAUGUAAUAACGGACAGGGGGGUGCAAUUCACAUCCCUUCUGGGGACCACCCAGGGGCUGUCAUCUAGACAUCAUCCUCAGAUGAAUGGGAGGGACAGAACGUUCAAACUCAAUACUUGAACAAUAUCUAAGAUGCUUUAUUAAUUUCCAACAGAUGAACUGGACCGACCUGCUCCCUUUCGCAACCAUCCAAGAAACUAGGACCGAAAUAUGUGAGACCAUUCCCCAUCCAAAAGAAUCAUAAACCCAGUAAUAGUAGAGUUAGAAUUACCAAAAACCCUCAGGCAGAUUCACCCUAUCUUCCACUGCAGCCUACUAAAACGAGAGCAGCAAUCACCGUUACGACCAGCCAUCGCCCCACUGCCCCCUCCCAUUAUGGUUGAGGGGGAGCAGCAUUUUGAAACAAAAGAAAUCCUUGACUCCCGGAAAUACCAUGGGGUGACCCAAUACUCAGUAGCGUGGAAGCACCUUCCUUCCUCCCAAAAUGAAUGGCUGCACAAACGUCACGUUAGAGCCCCCAAACCAUUAAGGAAGUUUCACAUGGGCUACCCGAACAAACCAGACUAACCUCUCACUAUUUGUUUUGUCUCUCAACAGAUUGAUCUCUCAUAUUUUUAAGGGAGACAGGAUGUCAGAACUCAUAUCUGUUUGAUCUCAUACUUCCCUUGCUUCUCUCUCUGACCCAAAUUCCAUUCUCUUCUCUCCCUGGAUUCUGCCAUACUUCUAGAGGGGAGGGGAGGAAUGAUCGUGGGUUUAUUGCCUUAGCUUCCUCUAUUGCUUUCCUGCAUUAUUUCUCUGUGAUUUCCUCUCCUUAAACUGUCAACUAGAACAUGGCUUUUCAACCAGUGGUACGGGUAUCACCUGUGGUACAUUGGCACCUGGCAGGUACGCGACCAUUCUAGGAAAGUGGUAGCAGGGGAGAGGAAUGAGCUGAACUGGUGGCAGCAUCG